UGACCCUGAGGGCAAAUGAGGCCAGGGACAGGUCAGGUGGGCUCUGAGGCCCCCUGGGGGCAGAGACCUGGCCCCAAGUCAUGCUGGCCCCUGCUGCUGCUGGGCUUGGCUGUGGGUGCCCAGGGCCGGCUGCCCCCCACGACAGUAGCCCCACCGAACAGCACCCCAGAGCCCAGAGCCCCAGCAGGAAGCAGCUCUCGGAGCCUGUGGGACAGGUUCCUAUUCUGGCCUGGGCCCCAUGGGGCAGGCCCCAGGUGCUGGCCCGGUGGGUUUUGGCCUGAAACUCAGUCACCCUGGUAUGUUUUCAGUGACGGAACCCAGCUCAUCGUCCUAGGUCAGCCCAAGUCUACACCCUCAGUCACACUAUUCCGGACAUUCUCUGAGAUCACGGACAACAAGGCCACCCUGGUGUGCCUCAUCAGUGACUUCUACCCCAGCAGCGUGAUGGUGGCCUGGAAGGCAGACGGCAGCCCCGUCACCCAGGGCGUGGAGACCACCAAGCCCUCCAAACAGAGCAACAAUAAGUACGUGGCCAGCAGCUACCUGAGCCUGUCGCCUGACAUGUGGAAAUCUCACAGCAGCUUCAGCUGCCUGGUCACGCACGAGGGCAAAACCGUGGAGAAGAAGGUGGUCCCCUCACAGUGCUCUUAGGUCCCCGACACCCUCCCCCACCCAGUGGGGCCUGGAGCCACAGGACCUCCAGGACGAUCUUCCCUCCCACC